AUGUUCACGGGGCAAAAAGUCCAAGUCCAAAAGACGAAAGACAGGGCAUCUUCUGAGAAAACAGAUGAGGCAAAGAAGAAAAAGGCAGGCCAUCUUCCUAGAAAAAGAGAUGAAAAAGACUUAGAGAUUGUGGAAUAUAGUUCAACUGCUCAAUUAGGUGAUGUUUUAGUUUACCCUUCUUUGUUUAUGCGAAGUGCCUCUCUUCACUUGCACUUAAUGGCUUCCUCUUCUUCUUCAUCCAUUACUCCUAAAAUAGAGUAUGAGGUUUUCCUUAGUUUCCAUGGUGUGGACACCCGACAAAACAUUACCAGCCAUCUUUAUGAAGCCUUUUGUCAAAAAAAGAUUAGAACUUUCAUUGAUGAUAGCCUAGUUAGAGGAGAAGAAAUUUCUAUAUCUCUUUUAAAGGCAAUUGAACAUUCAAAGAUCUCGGUUAUCAUUUUUUCUAAAGGGUAUGCUUCCUCAAGAUGGUGUCUCAGAGAACUUGAAGAGAUUGUUAAAUGUAAGACCACAUAUGAUCAGAUCGUAAUACCAGUCUUCUAUCAAGUAGAUCCAUCUGAUGUCAGGAAUCAAACUGGGGAUUUGGGGAAAGCAUUUGCUGAGCUUGAAAAGCGUUUUAUGGAUGAUUCAGAGAUGUUGCAGAGAUGGAGGACUGCUUUGAGGGAUGCAGCCAACCUUUCUGGUUUUCAUUCAAAGAACUCCAGGGGUUGUUGAGUCCUUGGUUAACAGUGGGAAACAAAUCAAUGCCGUACAUUUCAUUGAUGCCUUACCGUGUUUGCAAUAUUUCCUGGCUUCCUCACAUUCUCAGAAAUAAUGUGACAAUUAGAAUUGAAGAAGGGCAUGAAAUAAAGAAGCAGAUUUAGAUGAGAACAGACGAAGCACAAAAAUAGAAAGAUAUGAGCUAACCUUGUCUUCUCAGUGGUGAAAAAGAGCUAUGUCUGAAGGCCCUCUGCAGCUGGAGUAUUCAAUUAGGUUACAGUCAAAAACAGAAAAAAUGCAGUUUCCUUCAAAAUGAAGGGGAAAUGGAUAUCAUAUUAAGCUCAAGCAUUUACUUCCAAAUCAACAAAAAUAGCUGAAAAGCAUAAGGAACAAAUCAGACUGUCAAAGCAAUCAGCAUUUACAGAGCAUACAACCACAUUCUCAGAAACUGGUGACUGAGAAGAGCGAUCUCUAAUGCCGGUCAAAACCUGAAAAAUGAAUUUUAAAAAACUUACUCUUUUUUUCUUUUAUUUUUUAAUUCAAUGGGGCACCUAUGCGAAUCUAUUAUUAGAGAAGAGAUUUUUUUUAUUUUUAAAUUCAGUGAAAGAAGCACUUCUGAACAAAAUCUGGAUAAACCCAGAGAAUCUGUGAGAGCAUAUAUUCUCACCUGUUAAUCACCAACAGACAGGUGUCUGAAAAUUUUCAUUUCUUUGUCCGUGGACAUACAAUACAAGCACUCCAACAUCUCAACGCUGCACACCUGAAAGAACUCAAAAUUAUUGAUCAGCAAAACUGAAACUAUUGAAUACAAAUGAUGCUAACGUUGGUUGUUUUACCAGUGAAAAGGCAGCUGCUGCAAUUUCUACAGUCUCUCUCCAACUUAAGUUAAUCUUAAGUCUCUCUACUCAGCCUUGUUCCAACACUUCAGACCAUUUCUCCUCCACC